UCAAAUACAUAAAAGUUUAUAGAAGUGUAUUUACAUAAUAAUAAAUUGGUAUGUGGUAGCAACAAUAUGAUGAUGCAAACAGCGCCCAUCCCAGCGCCGGUGCAGCCAAUCAAUGACAUCAUCAAGGAGUCAUCUAGGACUGGAACUCCGGAAACAAUUACUAAACCUCAGGCCAUAUCGGAGACUUACAUUCUGUCCGAACUGCUUGAUGUAGACCGGUUGCUGAUUACCAAACGUCUUCGCGUCAAGAGCGUCGUUUUUCUCAGAGGAAAGAAGAAUAGAUUCUACAUCAGAACUCCGGAUCGUAAUCUAGUUUAUACUGUUGAAGAAGACAACAGCUGGUGGGUCGGCUACCUAUGUUAUGGUCUACGCCCGAUGCAGCUCCGCGUGUUCAACAACUGCUCUGAAGAAAUAAUGAGGAUCGACCGACCCUAUGCGUGCACCGCUCGGAUUCUGCCUUGUCAACUACAAAAAAUACAGGUGUUUGCCCCGCCAGGUCGAAGGAUAGGCUCCAUUGAGCAACAGUGGACUCCUAUUCGACCCAUAUACGUGGUGAAACGAGAGAAUGGCGAAGAAGUGUUUUGGCUUCAAGGUCCCCGCUUUACUAUAAGCUUCUUCAGGGAUAUUCAGUUCAGCAUACAGAAGAGGGAUGGAACCCACGUCGGCAGCACGUGCAAGCGUUGGCAGGGGAUCCUGCACGCACUUUUCUUUGCACCCGUCACUGACAGGUUUGGGGUGGCGUUCGAGCGAGACCUCACAGUGGAAGAGAAGGCACUGCUUUUGGCCGCGACUUUGCUCAUCGACUAUAUGUACUACGAUGCCUAGUAAUUAUACAAUGUAUUUUAGAUAA